CAAAACCGUUGCAGAAGAAGUAGUGAGUAAGAAACCAAAGAAGACACUCGAAUUUUCUCUCUCUGUUAAUGCUUUCUCUGCGUGCAAGCCAACCUCAUCUAUCAUCUCGUACGGCAAUAUCCAUCAUUACCCUCUCUCUUCUUUUCUCUCUCUCUCUCUUGGGAUUGGCUUGCUUGCUUGCUUUAUAUAUAACUACCACUCAUCCUCAAGUUUCCAUUACCUCACUUCAUUUGAAUCACUUUCUCCUAAACCAACUUCUAGUGUUUUCUCCUCUCUUUUUUCCUUUCCUUCAAUUCCCUUGAGUUACUAUAACACUAACACAAGCAUACAUAUAUACCCUCAUACAUACACCUAAAGACUCACCUUGAGGAGAGUUGUGUGUGUGUUUCAUCAAUCAUUGUAUGGAUGGAUUCUUCCAGUGAACAACAUCAGCAAAUGUCUAGCCAGUCAUUGGAGAACAUGUUGGCUUGCUCAAAAGCACAAGAACAGGACAAGAAGCCAAGGCCUCAGCCAGAGCUUGCUCUGAAAUGCCCCAGAUGUGACUCCAGCAACACCAAAUUCUGUUACUACAACAACUACAGCCUCUCCCAGCCUAGAUACUUCUGCAAGUCUUGCAGGAGAUACUGGACCAAAGGAGGAACACUGAGGAAUGUUCCAGUGGGUGGAGGGUGCAGGAAGAACAAGAGAUCAUCAUCAGCAUCAAGGAGGGUUCAAGAUCAAACCUUCAACCCCAAUCCCAACCCUCUCUCUGGUUUCUCUCAAAUGUCUUAUGACUCCAGUGACCUCACUCUUGCAUUAGCUAGGCUCCAAAAGGGGCAAAUGGGUAACUUUGAUGAACAUGAUUUCUCAAUUUUGGGGAGUGAUAACAUUCUUGGAAAUCAUGCCAUGAACAACAACCCCUCUCCCACCAACAACCAUGGAUUCUUAGAUUCACUUAGAAGUGGGUUCCUUGGAACAAACAAUAACAAUGUGCAGAAUCUGUACUAUGGAUAUGGGAAUGGGGACAUGGGGGAGGUGGAAAAUGGGGUUGGGGUAAGUGGAGAUAUGAUGCUGCCUUAUGAUCAAGAAUUGAGUAGCACCAUUGCUACCACUCAAGCAGUGACAGUUACAACCAUGAAACAAGAACUGUGUAGUGGAAGGGAACAAAAUGAAAGCAAGGUUUUGUGGGGAUUCCCAUGGCAGCUGAACAAUGGAGAUCACACACACAUGGGUGGUGAGCUUGAUUCAGGAAGAGCUAAUUGGAAUGGUCUCACCCCAUCUUGGCAUGGGCUUCUCAAUAGUCCUCUCAUGUAGGCAGCAAGCAAGGCACAAUUACAGAUAAUUAAAUUUCAUCUCUUGUUUGAUAAGAAUGUCUUAGAAUUUUUAAUCUUCUUGAGUGGUGGGUUAAGUUAACAGGGAUUUGAUUCUUUUGAAUCAUCUCUCUUUCCUUUUUCUUUAUCUUGUGUGUGUUUUUUUGUACUGCUAUCUCUUAAUUGAUGAAUAGACUAAUCAAAUUUAGAUGUUGUUUGCAAACUAA